AAAUAAGAUACGCAACCACGUGACCACGCAACUAUGCCUUUUCAUUGUUUUCAAAAUGACGGACGUCAAGGCAGCAUGUGAAAUCGGUGAAUUCGCGGCCACGGAAGUGAAACCGUGCAGUGUCCUGGUGAAGAAAUUGCCUGAUGUCAUUUCCCUGAAACUGGGAGCAUCGAUGGAUGUGAACAAUGACUUGGCACUCAAGGACAUCAAUUUGACCUACGACAUGCAGAAAUGCAGCAACCACCCUCUGUUUCUGAUGGAAGCAUGCAAGGACAACGUGAAGUGCCGAAGUGAGCAAGACCAUGCAUGUCGACGAGUCCAUCUGCCAGUUUAAAGAUUACGGUGGGAUGUUCAAAAGGGACGGUGUGCUCAAGUCUAAACUGAUCGUCAGCGUAGAUCGCCUGACAACAAGCGAACUGCCACAACAAUCUAAGGUUCAAAGCAGCCAGACAAUGCAGAAGAAAACUUUGCCAGGAAACAGUGGUUAUUUCAAACCCAACACGGGCUCACGACAAAAGACUCCAGAUAAAAAGUCAGUUUUGAAACGGCUGGAAAUGAAACAGCCGAACCUCAGUGGCUUGGACUCUGAAAGCUACUGCGCAAGCGAAAAUUUUGAACCAGAAACAUCAAAACACAAGAACAAGAAGCUCGCACUACCCACAUGCAGUGACAUGCCAGAGGGCUCCAAUAAAGUGGAAGGUGACGACAAAAGCCUUCACAGUCGCAGCCGGUUCCCAAGAAAUGCGUCCCUAUUCAAGACACAAUGCAUCAGGAAAAGGGCAGAGUCUUGCCAACUCAAAUUUCCAAGUCAUCAGUAGUGGCAGUGGCAGUCUCUCGAGGUGGCAACUUGCCAGUUAGGUCGUGUUGGAAGCGCCACUAUAGGCAACACACCAACGUGGUGCACAGAGAUGCUGACAAACCGAAGACAUCCUUGAAUCACAGAUCAAAGGAGAAGGUGAAGAGCCAUGACCCACCGACGGUGGCUGCAUCUUCCUCGCACAGUGGUGGCAGCAGCAGCUGCUCCCAUGAGAAGCAGCACAAGUUGCAAACCAAGCACAAGGAGACACGCAAGCAGCACACAUCGUUUCACUCUCAGAAGGCCAAGAAUAAGUUGUCAUCAAGGUCCGGCGGAAGUACUAAGAAUAAAGCAUUAGCGCAGGGGAGGAGCAGGCCCCAUGAAGGCAAGGGGGUCAAGCAUUCUUCGUCGAAGAAGACAUCAUCGCACAGGGGGAAAAUGUCACAGUCAUCAUUGUCAAAAAGGUCUCAUGUGCAGAAGGAUUGUGAGGAGAAACCUAAGCAGAGCAAGAUGAAGCAGGCGAACGUCAAGCAGCUUCCGACGGAUUGUGGCAUUGACGACUGGGACUGCAAUGGAGAGGCAUCAGCACCGGAGAAUGUUUGUGAUAAAUCCUCUCAGUGGUCUCCUGAUUUCAUGCAGCAGGUCGAUGUAGCAGUUGUCCCUCACACCUCCAAGAGCAACAGCUCCAAUACAGGGAGCCUGGACUACUUCCAGAUCAUGGAGGAGCCGACGGAUUGGGGCACUGAUGAUUGGGACUGCAUUGGCGAGCCAUCAGCACCAGAGAACGGUUGUGAUAAAUCCUCUCAGUGGUCUCCUGAUUUCAUGCAGCAGGUCGAUGUAGCAGUUGUCCCUCACACCUCCAAGAGCAACAGCUCCAUUACGGGGAGCCUGGACUACUUCCAGAUCAAGGAGGAGCCGACAGAUUGGGGCACUGAUGAUUGGGACUGCAUUGGCGAGCCAUCAGCACCAGAGAACGGGUGUGAUAAAUCCUCUCAGUGGUCUCCUGAUUUCAUGCAGCAGGUCGAUGUAGCAGUUGUCCCUCACACCUCCAAGAGCAACAGCUUCAUUACGGGGAGCCUGGACUACUUCCAGAUCAAGGAGGAGCCCACAGAUUGGGGCACUGAUGAUUGGGACUGCAUUGGCGAGCCAUCAGCACCAGAGAACGUUUGUGAUAAAUCCUCUCAGUGGUCUCCUGAUUCCACGCAGCAGGAAAUGAAACCGUGCAGUGUCCUGGUGAAGAAAUUGCCUCAUGCCAUUUCCCUGAAACUGGGAGCAUCGAUGAGCGUGAACAAUAACAUGACACUCGAGGACAUCAAUUUGACCUACGACAUUAAGAAACGCAGCAACCACCCUCCGUUUCUGAUGGUAGCGUGCAAGGAUGACUCCAAGUGGGAAGCGAGGAAGAGCAUGCACGUCGACGAGUCCAUCUGCCAGUUUAAAGAUUACGGUGGGAUGUUCGAAAGGGACGGUGUGCUCAAGUCUAAACUGAUUGUCAGCGUAGAUCGCCUGACAACAAGCGAACUGCCACAACAAGCCAAGGUUCAAAGCAGCCAGACAAUGCAGAAGAACAUUUUGCCAGGAAACAGUGGUUAUUUCAAACCCAACACGGUCUCACGACGAAAGACUCUGGAUAAAAAGUCAGUUUUGAAAAAGCUAUUAAAGGAGAAGGUGAAGAGCCAUGACCCACUGACGGCUGCUGCAUCUUCCUCGCACAGUGGCGACAGCAGCAGCUGCUCCCAUGAAAAGCAGCACAACUUCCAAACCAAGCACAAGGAGACACGCAAGCAGCACACAUCGUUUCACUCUCAGAAGGCCAAGAAGGAGUUGUCAUCAAGGUCCGGCAGAAGUACUAAGAAUAAAGUAUUAGCGCAGGGAAGGAACAGGCCCCACGAAGGCAAGGAGGUCAAGCAUUCUUCGUCGAAGAAGACAUCAUCGCACAGGGGGAAAAUGUCACAGUCGUCAUUGUCAAAGGGGUCUCAUGUGCAGAAGGAUUGUGAGGAGAAGCCCACUCAGAGCCUGGACUACAUCCAGAUCAAGAAGGAGCCAACGGAUUGUGGCAUCGAUGACUGGGACUGCAGUGGAGAGGCAUCAGCACCGGAGAAUCUUUGUGAUAAAUCCUCUCUGUGGUCUCCUGAUUUCAUGCAGCAGGUCGAUGUAGCAGUUGUCCCUCACACCUCCAAGAGCAACAGCUCCAUUACAGGGAGCCUGGACUACUUCCAGAUCAAGGAGGAGCCGACAGAUUGGGGCACUGAUGACUGGGACUGCAUUGGCGAGCCAUCAGCACCAGAGAAUGUUUGUGAUGAAUCCUCUCAGUGGUCUCCUGAUUCCAUGCAGCAGGUCGACGUAAGAGUUGUCCCUCACACCUCCAAGAGCCUGGACUACUUCCAGGUCAAGGAGCUGUACCCCGCCUCGUCUUCCAACACUAUAAGGCCGAGACUAGCCGAUAACGUGCUAUCUGGUCACCUCUUCGUCGUGGAUGAGGAGAGCAGCGACGAAAGUGAUGACGACAAGCCCAGGAGAGAGACCACCUGCAAGUGUCCCACAACUGAAGACGACGUGCCAGUCAUUGAUACUGUGAAGGGAUAGUGAAGUGAUGCCAAGCAAAGCAGCAACGUCCACAGGCGUGGCCUUCAUGUCGUCUGUUACAGUGUCAUUCUGGCCUGCCAAGUCUAUGUUUCGGUGCGGUGAAAUGAGCUUUGCUUUAAGUAACAUAUUACUGCCAUUGCAAUAAGCCAGCCUCAUGAAUUCAUGUCCACCAAACUGUACCCUCAGCUCAUUCUGAAGCUCAUUCAAACAUUUUGAAAGCUUCUGGAAACUUUCCUCUGCUUAAUUUAACCCCUUAGUGACCGGAACAGUCAAUAGUGAGGCUCAAAAUAAAUGAGGUAGGAAAAUUUAAGUAGGGCAAUAUCUGCUGUGUGACCUUGGUGCUGGGAUGGUGUCACAAAUGUGUCACAAUUUGUGUUGCAGCCUUCAUGCUUAGUCAUGUUCUAUUCUAGUCAUGUUCUAGGUAACUACCGCAGUCUUGAUGCACCACGCUUUUAAACAUUGACAAGGUUAAUUUUACUCGAUGUAAAUGACAUAGCUUACAUCUGUGAUGUCACUAUGUUCGAAUGACAUAGCUUACACCUGUGAUAAGCUGCAAAUCACAACACAGAUUCUGCCCUGUUGAGUGGAAUGGAGUGUGGUUGCUCUGAAAUCAAAGGAUUUGUGUGUUUUUGUAUUUGUCACCGAAAGUGAUGUGACUGGCUUCUUUUUGUUAAAGCAUCGCAGAGUUUGACUGGUGCCAUGUUUAUGCUUAUUUUUAACGCCAAAUAUACUGCUGUAUUGUUGUAUUUUCCUUACACAAUAAAAGGCGUAAAUGACAAAAACCACAUGUGAAUUUCAUUGCUCACUGCUGCCACUUUGUGCUUUAGCUUGUGUGUAUAGGCAUAAGUGACUGCCUAUUUUUAUUACUUACAAAGAGGAAACAGCAGCUUCAGUUCUUCGACGUCACAGCCUGGAGAGAAACAGAAAUG